UGUGGCAUCUUCGGAUGCGUGUCCCACCGCAUGCAUGACGUGUCCAGGGCUGGGGGCUGCGUGGGCACGGCGCUGGCUGUGUGCUGGCCCCGUACCCCGAGGCGGCACGACGUGGUGGGGAGCUGGAGAGCCCACGUGGGCGCGCUUGGGCCGCGGUGUGACUGCGCGUGUAACGGGUGUCACGGUGCCUGCGUGGGCGUUGAGCUGCAGGGUGGGGGUGCCACCCCCCGCGGCCCCCAUUGGCGGCUCUCCUCUCGCCCACCCACGCCGUGCCACGGGCAGAGCCCCUUAUUUAGCUCCGCACGGCUGCCAGCGCUGGGGUGCUUCACCUCCAGGCUGAGCGUGCCCGAGAGCUGUCGGCGCAGCCUGCGGCCGCUGCCUCUCGCCACUCCACAGCCACCAGAGGCAAGGGACGCGCUGCCCGCACUGCAGCUGAGGGCUGAGCAGGUCCCCACACCCCGUGCCAGGUCGCCCGCCCCGGCGAGGAUGCGGAGCCGCGCGGUGCUCGCCCUGCUCGCCCUGGCCCUGCCGCUCGCCCUCGCCCGUUUCGCCGCCGCCCCGCCGCCGGGCCCCGCGCUCCGCUCCCAGAGCGGCCCCGGCCCCGAGCCGCUGCCCCCGGUACUACCCUGGAGAGCCCGCGGCGACCCCAGAGCCGCCUUCGCCGCCCUGCUGCAGCUGCUGCGGGAGGAGGACGCCGGUCCCCCGGCGCUGGCGUCUCCCCAGAAGCGGGACAUGCACGACUUCUUCGUGGGGCUCAUGGGGAAGCGGACGGUGGAGCCCGGUAGGGCGGCGGGGGAGGACCGGGGGGCGGCGAAGCCGCAGCAGAGGGGCUGACCGCAGCCCCCCUGCUCCCCAGCCCCCCCCCGCGGACGCCCCCAGGGCCGCCGGGUUCCAGCGCCGGGCAGCGUGAGGAGGGACGGGGGGCGGCGGCGCCAGGAC